CGGAGCGCCGGGGCUCUUGUGCUGGAGGCGGUGUGUGUGUGUGGAGCUCUUUAUUGUUCCAGCAGAAAGCUCAAUGCUCGGUUCCCACAUUUGUCUCAAUGGCUAAAGCACAGAAACCACGUCCCACCUGAGAGGGAGCGGUUCGGCUUUGAGGAGAGGACUUAUUGAUCCAAACUUACUGCACCGUGCCGGAUUUACCGUCUGAAAUAAAACGACAAUCUGUGGAUCCUGAAGAGAGGGGACGUGAACAGCUCGAGAGCCCCUCACUGUAGCGUCUGCCACCAUGGUCGAACCAGCUGACAGGCCGUCUACAGCCGGACAGAGGCUUGGCGCCCCGGAAAGUUUCGGGGUGUCCACCCUGGAGCCAGGUCUGCGUCCUCCUGUCCAGCCUCCAGGGCGACUAGUCUCCAUCAGGGUUCAGAUGCUUGAUGACACACAGGAAGUUUUCCAGAUAUCGCAACGUUCCCCCGGCAAAGUGCUCUUUGACCUGGUUUGUGCUCAUCUCAAUCUGGUGGAGGGAGACUACUUUGGACUGGAGUACCAGGACCAGCGCAAGAUGACGGUGUGGCUGGAUCUGCUGAAGCCGACACUGAAACAGAUCAGACGGCCUAAAAACACCAUCCUUCGUUUUGUGGUGAAGUUCUUCCCUCCUGACCACACACAGCUCUUGGAGGAGCUGACUCGGUAUCUGUUUGCCCUGCAGAUUAAGCGCGACCUGGCCUGCGGUCGUCUCAUCUGUAACGACACCAGUGCUGCUCUCAUGGUCUCACACAUCAUCCAGUCCGAGAUUGGAGAUUUCGAUGAGACCCAAAGCUGGCAGCAUCUCCUCCACAAUAAGUACCUGCCCGACCAGGACGCCAUCAGAGACAAGAUCACUGACUGCCACCGCAAGCAUGUUGGACAGACUCCUGCAGAGUCGGACUACCAGCUGCUGGAAAUCGCCCGGCGGUUGGAGAUGUACGGCGUCCGUCUGCACCCAGCCAAGGACAGAGAGGGGACUAAACUCAGUCUGGCUGUGGCACACAUCGGGGUGCUGGUUUUCCAGGGGUACACGAAAAUUAACUCCUUCAACUGGUCCAAGGUUCGCAAGCUCAGCUUCAAACGCAAAAGGUUCCUGAUAAAACUGAGAGCAGACCCCGCUCAGAACGCCCACCAUGACACGCUGGAGUUUGCCAUGGCCAGCAGGGAUUGCUGUAAAAUCUUCUGGAAGAUCUGUGUGGAGUAUCACGCCUUCUUCAGGCUCUUUGAGGAGCCAAAACCUAAACCCAAGCCCAUCCUCUUCACCAGAGGAUCCUCGUUCCGCUUCAGUGGUCGAACCCAGAAGCAAAUCAUCGACUAUGUGAAAGACUCAGAGCUCAAGAAAGUCCCAUUUGAGAGGAAGCACAGUAAGAUUCUGUCCAACAGCAGCAUGUCCCCUCAGUCUUCGUCCUUCAGAUCGCAAGUGCCAAAAGAGAGUGCCAUGUCUGUCCAGUUAGCAGACCAGCCCGACUCAACCAGACUGAGCCAUCGAGCUGAAUGUAACGGCUCAGAGGAGCCGCCAGCGACCACAUCAACCACCAAUGGCUUCCACGACACACCGGCGGCACCCAGCACCGACCCCAUUCAGCCCCGACAGAACCACCACGGCAACGGAUCAGCGCCGGACCCGCAGUUCCUCCAACCAGAAAGUCCCGGUUCAGAGGACUCCCCAGGCGGAAGUCCCCAUGUGGUAGUUAACGGGAACGGCUCUGUGAAUGGACAGGGGAUGGGCGGCAUCGGUGUCCUGGGUCAAAGUCCUGAGGGUCGGCAACUAUCGCCUCUCACCAGCCCGCUGCUAACUGAUGCUGGAUGUGUCCGCAAUGAUGAUGAAGAGGAGGCGAGGAGGAAGAAGUUUCCUACAGACAAGGCCUACUUCAUCGCCAAGGAGCUGUUGACCACAGAGCGGACCUACCUCAAAGACCUGCAGGUCAUCACAGAGUCCUUCCAGAGCGCUGCGGGAAAAGAUGAGUCCUUCCCAGACUCUGUGAAGAGCUUGAUCUCCGCCAACUACGAUCCCAUCUACAAGUUCCACCAGGGAUUCCUCAAAGAGGUGGAGCAGCGGCUGGCACAGUGGGAGGGUCGCUCUAACGCCCACAUUAAAGGAGACUAUCAACGAAUUGGUGACGUUCUCUUGAAGAACAUUCAGGGUCUGAGGCAGCUGAUAGUUCAUCUUCAGAAACAUUCAGAGUGCCUGGUUGAACUGGAGCGAGCCGUCAGGUCCGGUCGGAAGGCGGAAGCUGUGUGUCGAGACUUUGAGCAGCAGAGAGUUUGCUACCUUCCCCUCAACAUCUUCCUCCUCAGGCCUCUGCACCGCCUGCUGCACUACAAACUCAUCCUGGAGCGGCUCUGCAAGCACUAUCCGCCGACCCACGACGACUUCAGGGACUCUAGAGCGGCUCUGGCGGACAUCUCUGAGAUGGUGCUGCAGGUCCAAGGCACCAUGAUGAAGAUGGAGAACUUCCAGAAGCUUCUAGAGCUGAGGAAAGAUCUGACCGGCAUCGAAAACCUCGCCAUCCCCGGGAGGGAGUUCAUCAGGCUCGGCUGCCUCAGCAAGCUCUCAGGGAAGGGCCUUCAGCAGAGGAUGUUCUUCCUGUUCAGUGAUUCCUUGGUGUACACCAGUCGAGGAAUGACUCCGUCCAAUCAGUUUAAAGUUCACGGCCAGCUGCCCCUGUAUGGCAUGACGAUCAGAGAAAGUGAGGAGGAGUGGGGAGUCCCUCAUUCAUUCACCUUGUUUGGGCAGCGCCAGUCUGUGGUGGUGGCAGCCAGCUGUGCGUCAGAGAUGGAGCGGUGGGUGGAGGACAUCAGGAUGGCCAUCGACCUGGCGGAGCAGAGCAGCAGCUUAAACUCCGACCUGCUGUCCACCAGCCUCACUGACAACAAGCUUUCCGAGGACGGUGGAGCCGAGUCUGAGGACGAGCUCUGUGGCUCACGCUCGUCUCUGGAGCGCCAGGGUCACCGUGGUAACACCACCGUGCACGUCUGCUGGCAUCGCAACACCAGUGUGUCCAUGGUGGACUUUAGUGUUGCUGUGGAGAACCAGCUGUCAGGUAACCUGCUGAGGAAGUUUAAGAACAGUAACGGCUGGCAGAAACUCUGGGUGGUCUUCACCAACUUCAGCCUCUUCUUCUACAAGUCACACCAGGACGACUAUCCUCUGGCCAGCCUCCCUCUGCUGGGCUACUCCGUCACCGUCCCGUCCGAGUCGGAGAACAUCCACAAAGACUACGUUUUCAAACUCCACUUCAAGUCCCACGUCUACUACUUCAGAUCAGAGAGCGAGUACACCUUUGAAAGGUGGAUGGAGGUGAUCCGCAGCGCCACCUGCUCCGCCAGCCGCUCGCUGCCGAGCACCAGGAAAGACCUUUACUGAUGAAUGUGCUCAGAGAGACUCACCUGGGUGAAGAUCUGGACUUCAGACAGCACAAACACCAGACAAAGACUCCUUAUAGACACAGAAUCACGACUAAUACCUCUGAGCAGUCGAUUCACACACAGAGGUCCUCCCACUUCACCUCCUUUCACCUCUUAUUGCACCACUCCUGUCUGAUCACAGAUGUCUGUGACGUAAUUCAUGAUCUUAUUUUCUUUCUCCAAACCGGCAGCACAAAGUCUCGCCGGCAACAUUUUUCUUUUCUGACUGUUUGUGUUUGUGUUUGUGCCAUUGAGCGUCGUUCACGUGCACACACGGAGGAGGAUUUUAUCUUUAUGAUGAACCUGAAUGAAAAAGAUUUACCAGAAGUAUUUGGGACACUGAAGCAUGAGAUUGUGCACCGUUGUGUUUUUGUAUUUUAUACGUUUCCUUGGUAAAUAAGAUCUAAGCCAGGAUUUUGUACUGUGUGCAUGUGAACUCACUAGCUGACGACAGUGCUUUCUAUACGUAAUAAUUCGAUUUAUUCAAUGUGACGCCUGUUUGGACACAAUAAGAAAACAUCUGUCUUUUUUCCUUUUUUAAGGUGACUUUUUGUACAGUACUUUGAUACACUGUGAAAUGUUCUUGUUUUCAUGAUUUCUUGUACGUUUUGCUUAUUUUAAAGUAUAAAUGAUUUCAAAACUGCUUACAACGCCAACGGAGAUUUCACUGGUCUGUUUGCCAAAUACCCUCUUCUUCUGUACUCCUCUAGUUUUCUGGACUUUACUAUUCUGAAUAAAGAUGAGAAAAAUUGUGUUCAUAUGAAAAAAACAGA